UUUUCCCCAGUUGUUUACUUCGGAAGAAUUUACACUGCUUUGAAUUACGAAUCUAGACAGAAAAACAAAUCGACAGCCAUAUACGCUACAGACGCAUGACGAAAGAACAGUCUACAUAUUCAGACAUGUUGAUGUGUCACGUACUACUAAUCAUGCUGGUAUGGAAUGUCAGAGCUGACCAAAACUGUCCAUGGGGCAAAUAUGGAGAUGGAUGUGACAAAAACUGCUCUGAUCACUGUAGGAUAUCACCUGAUCUGGGCAUUAUUCACUGUGACAGGACCAGUGGAAGUUGUUCUGAAGGAUGCAUUCCAGGCUGGUAUGAUGAUACAUGCAAUAAAGAAUGCAGCAAGAACUGUAUCAACUACACCUGCAAUCACCAAGAUGAAGUGUGUACAAGAGGCUGUAAAGAUGGCGAAAAGGGGAACUUUUGUGAAAUUUCAGGGGAAGAACAUGAAACCAAGGGGAAUGACAACACAACACCUCUAUGGAAGAUACUCGUCCCUGUUAUUGGCUUCAUUUUUGUGUUGCUAUUCUUCAUGGUUCAAAUCGGUAUCGGAGGUCAAAGGAAAAAUAGGUUACUCAAAUGGCCAAUUCCUGACUCACCACUACAUAAGGCCAGCGCUGAAGGGAAUCUGGACCGCGCGAAAGAGAUCAUGCAUGAGGAUUUAUUAAAUGCCAACUCUCGAGGGUCGUAUGGAUUGACACCAUUGAUGUUGGCAGCAUUGAAUGGGCACUACGAUGUCUUUGAAUAUCUCAAACAAGAAGGAGGUGAUAUGACACUAAAGGAUCGUGGCGGGGAUCACAUUCUCAGCAUGGCCUGUGUGGGGGGAAAUAUGGACAUAGUAAAGUAUGUAGUCUUACUUAAACCUACCCUUAUAAACAAAAAGAGAAUCGACGGAAGAACCGCAUUGAUGUGCGCUGCAUGUCAUGGGAAGAAAACCGUGUUUGAGUAUCUGCUGGAUGAAAAUGCUUUGUUAAUAGACAAUAAUGAUGGAGACAAUAUCCUUCAUUAUGCCUGCCAUGGAGGACACAUUGACAUUGUGAAACAUAUCAUCAAUAAGGCAAAGCUAAAUAUCAACACUAGAGACAUACUUGGAAGAACAGCAUUAAUGAUAGCAGCUACGUACGGACAUAAAGAUGUGUUUGAAUUACUUGUUGAGAAAGACAGUGACAUAUCACGCACAGAUAAGGAAGGAAACAAUAUACUCCAUAUGGCAUGCCGUGGAGGACAUGUGAAGAUGGUGGAGCAUGUCCUCUCACAGAAAUAUAUUGACAUCAACUGCCGAGGGCAGUAUGGGGGAACACCACUGAUGUUCGCAGCAUUUCAUGGACGCAGGGAGGUAUUUGACCUACUUAUGACGAAAGGAGCUAAUGCAACACUUGUUUGUAACAAGGGGAACAACCUCCUACACGUGGCUUGCAUUGGAGGAUCCGUAAAAAUGGUGAAGCACAUCCUGCAAAAGGGCCUAGUGGACAUUGACAGCCAAGGACAGGAAGGGAGGACACCGCUAGUGUUGGCAGUACAGUGGGAACGAGGAGCAGUGUUUGACUUACUUGUGAGCGAACAAGCUUCCAUGGUUGCAAAACGCAAGCACCACAUGAAAUUGCGUGACAUCCUCGCGUCAAAAGACGGUGAAGUAUGACGAAUUACAUAACACGCCCACGAAUGUCCAGAACAUAUUAUUAGUGACGUUGGUAUGAAUAAAUAUGGAUGAAACUUGAUGUGUAAUUCAAAACAGUAAAGACAACACAGCGAAAAGAUUAGCUCCUCAUUAUGACAUUGAAGAAUCUUUUUGAUUUUGGGUACGCAAGAAACAUAUGAUCGUGUGUCCGAAUCCCCGUUCGCUCCAGUUCUAUUCCUAGGCUGGUCAGCACAUUCACGUGCUCGAGGAUUUCACCAAAGUGCUAACAGUCUGAGACAUGUGUCAUAGCGACCGAUUUGGGACAACCUUUGUCUGAAAUGAACAGUCAAUUACAAAGGUUCAUUACAUUACCCUGUAUAGUCCGUCAACCUAAUUUGUAGACACCGUUUUUCUCAAAAUAAAUCUAAUUAGUUCAAAUUCAUGUAAUAAUAUGUACACACAUCGAAAUAUUUCCCUGUGCCAACGUUUUAACUUUCUUAAACUCUUGUGAAAAAGCUCCGGGGUAGAAUAGGUCUUCAGG